AUGCGACGAAAUCCGCUGGGGAUGGGGUUUGUGUCGCUCAUACACCCCGGCCCGGGUGAUGAUCAGAAUGGAAACGGAAGUUUUGAGACGUCUAAAAAUACACCCGCGGGUGAUGAUGAAGAUGGGAACGGAAGUCAUGGUGAUGGCAUGAAGAACGGAGGUGGUGAUGGUGGUGAUGGUGGUGAUGGUGGUGAUGGUGGUGAUGGUGGUGAUGGUGGUGAUGGUGGUGAUGGUGGUGAUGGUGGUGAUGGUGGUGAUGGUGGUGAUGGUGGUGAUGGUGGUGAUGGUGGUGAUGGUGGUGAUGGUGGUGAUGGUGGUGAUGGUGGUGAUGGUGGUGAUGGUGGUGAUGGUGGUGAUGGUGGUGAUGGUGGUGAUGGUGGUGAUGGUGGUGAUGGUGGUGAUGGUGGUGAUGGUGGUGAUGGUGGUGAUGGUGGUAUUAUUUGA